CUCCCGCGCUGAGCUGAGCUGAGUUGAGAGAACUUGUCUCAACUUGUCGAUAGGUAGAGUUUGUGUAAUUGUUAGCGUUGCGUUGAAGUAAGGUUUUCGAAUUGCGCGUAUCGUGAUAAGUGUUGUGCGUUGCAAGUUUUUGAAAACAGUGUAAAAGUUGAGAGAAGACUGUCACUCAAUAUCUGAGCUGUUCGAUUGCUGACCUGAGAUAAACAUUAGCAGUCAGCAGGCCCGAACUCUGAACUGAAGCAAAAUGACUGACUCCGACUCUGAUAAUGAUGGCAGAUUCGAUAAUACUCAAGACACGCAGGGUUACAGCAGCAAUGGCGAUGAUCCUCCCAAUGGAAACUUGACUGACAUAUAUGCCCAAGAUUAUGAGGAAGUACAGAGAAUGCUACAGGAGGGAGCAACAUCAACUGAAGCAGUAAAUCGAGUCGGCCAGCUGCUCAAAAAGAAUGCUACACUUUGUCAGAAAGAGAAAAAAGUUCGAGAAUCCCUUUAUGGUAGUCAUGUAUUAUCUAUUUGCGCCCAGCUUUCAAGGAACCAAGCUCAGGCAUUAGAUACGAACUUGGCAUCAUUUGAUGUCAACACAUUUGCUGAUGGUAUUUUGAAUUUGGCAACUGAUAGAGAACAAGAGAAACUUGACUGGAACCUGAUGUUCCCAAAAGUACAAAAAUUAUUCCACAGAGCACCUGGGGUGUCCUACUUAUAUGGAUCUUUUAAAGCUGAAGAGCUGCCUAGAAAAGAACCAAAAGAAAGAGCUCCAAGGAAACAAGCUGCCAGGGCAGCAGCCGAGAAGCAGCCUGAAAAGGUGACAAAUGUUGCGGCUGCAGAUGAAGGAAACGAUAAAGCUGUUCAACAUCUCAAGAAAGUGCUGAAGAGGAAAUUUAGAGAAAAUGGUGACCAGCCUAUCAGUUUCUUUGAAUGUGUGCUAGAUCCAACAUCAUUCCACCGCACUGUGGAAAACAUUUUCCAUUUGUCAUUUCUAAUGAAAAAUAAUUUUUGUGCCAUUAGACAAGAGAAUGGUAAUGGUCUACCAUACAUUCAUAAAAUAUCUGCAGCAGAAGUUGGUGAAUUGCUGAAAGGCAAAAAGUUACAAUGCAUUGCUUCAAUUAGUCCAGAAAUGUGGCAGACUCUAGUCAAGGUCUUUGAAAUUAGACAGCCCAUGGUGCCACCUCUUACCUAAGUCAAAAUUGAACGUUUGAUUGAAGAAUUACUUCUGUAAUCUGACCAUGUCAUUCAAACCAAACAUUUUACAUAUAUAUUUUUUAUGUUCUUUCUUUCCAUUCAAUAGAAAUUAUUAUGGGUAAUUCUGUUAGUUUUAAUGUGGAAUAGUUUAUAGCUCUGAAGCAUGCUGUCCUUAAGUAUAUAUGUUAUUUGGCUCCUUCUAUUGAUAGUAUUACAUUUUUAAACUUUAAACCUUAAGCAGUCUUUCACCCCAUUUCUAAUUACUUCAAAGCUGUCAAGAGCAGCGUCUGUACCUGUCUUUUGUGUUUUUAUAAACAUUUGAUAAUAAAUACCUGUGCCUUUGAGACCAAGAA